ACCUGUUCACUUAUUGCUUAUUGUUUUGUGGCGCAUAUAUGUUUUUUGAUCUGCAAAGUGCACAUGCGAGAAAGAGGCUGUGACUAGCACUGGACGAGGGAGUGGCUAACCCUGUGUUUUGUCGCUCUAUUACUCGCGACGCGGAUUGACUGAGGGGAGUUAUUACCCUGUUUCCAUCGGGCAUCUUUUGAUAAUAUGCUGUUUCACAUCACCGGUGGCAUGAUGGUGGCAACCGUCCUAGCGGAGGUGCUGUCAAUCUUCUGGUCCAGUCGCACAGUCAACGUGUGGCCUUUCAAUGAGUACAACAUGCCGGAACGUUUCCUGAAAUCUGCCCUCAUCAGCAACUUCGUGCUCGUCGUUGCACUUAAAUACGCCCUGUGGAGCCAGUGGAUGACGAGCAGUUGGUUUGACCUCAUCAUCUUGACCAUCUGGCUGACCCUCGGGUAUGCAUGCCUGGAAGGGCCUCACCGAGUAACGGACAAGGAUUCACUCAUCAGGUUUUCAGCCAACGUCCUGCACAAGAUGUCCGUCAUCACUGUCAUACUCGUCACCCUCUACGUAUUAGGCGACCUUUCGGACGAAUCCUUGGGCUUAGUCAUGUGACAUCGUGACUUUCAACUGUGAUGCUAGAUCAACCGAUGCCGCUUAAUAAUAAUAAUAUUAUUAACACUAAUAAUAUAAAUAUUAGCAGGUGCAAGCAAAUCUUCAUGGUUUGGCUUAGAAAGGCAGUGACUUCCCGCUCGCUGAUCAGCUGUACUUUUCUCUCAGUAUGUGUGUGAUACAUAUCAAGAAGGCAAAAUUGACCUUGUGUUGUGCUGGACUUGGAUAUUUUGCCGUGGCAGCCCUGGUCAAGUACAAAUCGCAUAUCAUUUCUAACCAAGAAAAUUGACUGAUGCAUGUAACAUGAGAAGUGGUGAUGGGUGGUGCAUUUGUCGAUUGUCAAGCACCAACGAUUGUCAACACUUUCCUUUGAGUUUGUGUUGGUAAACCGUAGAUUACGUGAAAUUCUGAUUGCUUAGUUAAAUAGCUUUAACAGAAAAAAGUAAUACUUUAUUUUAUUUUUAACUUACGGUUAUAGUGUAGCUACUACUGAAAGCACAGAUCUAUUGUGUGUAUGUAGAUUCAGUAGAGUUUUGUGUAGAAAGUUAAUUCCCGUGAACAGUACAGAUUUAUUACAAUCGACAUUUUUAUAAUAAUACUAUAAAGCUAACUUUAAUAAUACUGUAAAACUAGCGCCAUAUCCCGGCAGUGUGGGCUUGCUCGUGGCGCUUUACGAACAAUGACAUACACACAUGGACGCAUGUAUGUACAUCGCUGUUUCUGGCGGGGGAGGGGGUGCCAUAAGCUUGCCUAUAGGGCCAGGAUAUGAUCACUAUAUAAGUUUACUUUAUUAUUUUUAAUCCACGCUGCAAAUUCUCCAGUCCAUUUAUACGUCAAACAAAGCAUAUGUCCACUUAAGAUUCAUUUUAUUUAUUUCUUUUUCGUGAACAUGUUGCCCACUGCCAGUGCACUUUAAAGAAAUAUAACCUUCAGUUAUAAGGCUGAUUUUUAUGACAUACUUAUUAAAGGUGUGAGAGUAGACAAUUAUAAAUAUUUAGGUAUAAAUAUCCACA